CAUUGGUGGAUUAUUAAUUUACUUCUUCUCUGGCUUUCUUUGGUGCUUCUACAUCUAUUACUGGAAACGCAAUGUCUAUGUUCCUAAAGGUCUUUGCCUUUUUCUUUUUGCUCCUUUUUGUGUGUUUUUUUAACCCCUUUUGUGUCUAUUUCUCAACUGCUCCAUCAACCAGUUCUAAUUUUGCUCAUUUGGGUUCUAUUAAUUCACUUACUUCUUUGUUCACUCCCUUUUACAAUCUGGAUUUGUGUUUCUUUUUACUAAUUUCACUCAUUACUUCCAGAUUCUUGGAGCUAUAAUCUUGAACUGCAUGCUAUAUUUGAUUCAUUUUGGUUUAGAUUGUAAAUGAUUACUAGUCCACAUUGUUUUUGGAUCAUCUACAUGUUCUUGUCAGAUAGAUUUCCCAAAAGGGUUGUUUUGAUUUGUGCAAGCUGAUGAUUCUUCUUUCUGUGUUUGUUAGCUGAAUUGUUAUAAAAAGAACUGUAAAAAACAACAUAUAUCCAUAAUAAUUUAGAGCUAAUGGAUGAUAUAUUAUGUUUGGAGCUUCUUCUCGGUUAAACUAAGGAUAUUUUAUUUGUUGUUCAAAUGGAAAAUAUGAUGUUUGUGAUUUAGAUAUUGUUUUGGUUGUGACUAAUUGCAAGAAACUAGUGGGGGAUGUGUUGGUAGGUGGCUAUGUUGAGCAUUGAACUUGUUAUUCAUAGAAUUCUAUUCCAUCUAAUAAAUUGAUGCUCUUUCAAAUGUUUGUAACGAUCAAGGCCAUGCCAUUUUACUGCAUCCUUCCGACGUUUGCUGAAUACGUGGUUGAACAUGAUUGGACGAAAUGCUAUCCGAGGGUACUCGAUGUCGGAUGGCGUGCCUAUGCCUUCCAUAUAGUUACUUAUCUUGCCUUUGUAGAGUUUUGUAUUUAUUGGAUGCAUAGGGCGCUGCAUGAUAUAAAGCCUCUUUAUAAGUAUCUCCAUGCUAAACAUCAUAUUUACAAUAAGAAAAUUACUCUCUCUCCCUUUGCUGGUUUGGCAUUUCACCCUGUUGAUGGGAUAUUGCAAGCAAUACCUCAUUUGUUUGCUCUAUUUCUCAUUCCAACUCAUUUUAGAACACAUAUUGUGCUACUAUUCUUCGAGGUGGUAUGGACGACGAACAUUCACGAUUGUAUCCACGCUCAAAUAUGGCCAGUUAUGGGUGCUGGUUACCACACGAUUCAUCAUACGAGAUACCGCUACAAUUAUGGGCAUUACUCCAUAUGGAUGGAUUGGAUGUUCGGUACGCUUCUUGACCCGAUUGAUACAGAAGCCAGGGGGUCGUGAUUGGUUGCUUCGACAUCAACUGCUAACUCGCUAUAGCUUUUGGUGAUUCUUUGAGUUUAAUGUAAAUCAAGUUGGUUAUUGAUGAGGGCAGGUGUUGUGGUAUGUUGCAGAAUAAAUUGGCAUUCCAGAGGCAAUUGGUGAAGCCAUUCAUACCAUCAAAUAAAGCAUUCAAUAUCAGAGUUGGAAUCCACAGGGAUUAUGUGCUGCUGCUGCUGCUAUUGGUAGGCAUUAGUUGCAUCUUUGUGUAUCAUAUUUAAAUGAAAACUUUGGUUUGAAAAAAUAGGAAAUGACUAUGUUUGGGGAAUGGAAUUCAUGACUUCCCC